CGUGCGGCAAUGUAUGUAGUGAUUUCGCCGCCCGUCGUCGCGAGAACGUAACGACGAAGCGGUAUGCGCGAUCUCGCGUGGUGAUCCUCCUCAACGGGAAAAAAAAAAAAAAAUUUAUACAUCGGCAUCUCGGAGAGAAAUGGGCAAUUUGGCGGCGCUUCUCGUGAAAUGCAGUGCGGUGUUUCUUCUCGCCUGUCUCACGGAUUACAGUGCGGCUCAGGACAAUACGUCAGCCGAAGAAUGCGUCGAGUCCGAGACGGGAUGCAGAAGAUGCAGAGCGGGAACGUGCGCCAGAUGCGCCGGGUUGCUGUAUCAGGGCACUUGCGUCCACACGUGCCCGUCGGGCUUCGUCGCCGAUUGGUCCACUCGGGACGAGUACAUGGGCCGCAUAUGUCGCGAGACCGGCUACAUGUUCGGCCUCACCGGUAGCCAAGUAGCGAUUCUAGUGGGGGUGGUUUCCGGGACGACGAUAUGCCUCUUGAUCAUUCUGUGCGGCGCGAUCGCGGUCGUCCAUCGCAAGAAGAAGGCGGCGAAGCUGGCGCAACAGUUCAAGGACAGCGCGGAGAGACGGGAGUUUCUGAAACAUCUGGCGACGCUGCGCGGGGAAGCCGAUACUUUUCUCGCUAUGCUCAACGACACCAGAAGACAAGUACGGGAGUUGUUGUAUUAUUCGGGUAGCAAUGGCGACGGUCCCGUCGGGAUUCAAGCGUACAGGCCGGUGUUGCGCGAUCUGGUGCGGAUAUUGGUUCUCGUGAACAGAAGAGACGACGAGAUACCACUCCCGCCCGACGACUGGCAACGACUGUUCUCGUGGGCCGAGCGGCUGCUGAGAAGAUACAAGAGACACAGUUCUCCGGAGGUGGCUCAGCUCGUGACGUUUCUGCAACAGCCGACGAACAACACCGUUCAGACGACUUCGUCUCCGACGCAACCGGUCGCGACGUUGCAAUCGCCUCCUCGUCAAUCCGCGUACGAAACAACAAGAAGCACUCCUGCUAAUCUCACGACGUUCCAAGCGAACGUGCCCCUCUCGACGUUUCAGGCGAGCGACAAGUCGAGCAUCAGCCCGGCGAGCUCGAGCCUCGGCUACGCGAAGGACAGCAGCCCUCUCGGCUCGAGUCUGGGUCAGAACAGCACCUCCGGUGUCUACAAUGAGAAGCUGAGUCUGAACGGGUCGACGAUCGGCCAGACGACGCCUCUGGUCUACGGUAGCACGCAGAAGCGUGGCGGGCCGAGAACGACGAACGAUCUUCAGGAGCUCCAAACGAUUUCCACGUUCAAUCGCGGCUACAACGGCACGUUGCCGUUGGACGUCAACAACGUUCGCGCUCUGCACGACGAAUGCGAGCCGAGCGACGGUCUGGAUCGCGACCUGAAUCCCCAGUGGAAGUUCCAGAGCAGUCCUGUUGAGGCGGCCAAUUACACCAUCCUGUCGGACUGGUCACCCGCUCGCGACUAUCUCAUCGACGACUUCACGAUUCUCGGCUUCCGACCGCAGGACGAGAUCACCACAGAGUUGUAAUAUCCGACUGACGUAACGUUACAUCUCCAAAUUCU